UGUGGGAAUAUAGCAUACUUUGUACGUAGAAGAGAGAUGGUUAACCACCCCAAUGAAGCAUGUGAAUUGUGCACCCGUACGUGCUUGUCGAUACAUGGAGAAAGGGAUCCCUCACCAAUUGUUAGCUCUUUCUUCAAAGUCAUGAUCGAUGACAGUUUUCUCCAAGUUCUGUACAUUCCCCCCAGAUUUGCUCGAUUGAUAUCUCACUUGAUGGAUCAAGAAAUUGAGCUGGAGAACUCUACUGGACAGCGAUGGAAGGUGGGAAUUAGUAAUCAUAAUGGUUCGCUUGCAAUUCGACAAGGAUGGCAGACCUUUUCGUCUGAGCAUGGUCUAAAAUUGGGAGACUUCUUAGUCUUCCAUUAUAUUCAGGGUCAGCACUUUGUUGUUCAAAUAUAUGGAAUGAGUGGUUGUCAGAAGAUCAACUUUUACAAUGGCACUUGCACGGGGAAGGAAAGACCGAGAACUAAUUCUACAGCAACUUCUCAUGAUGAGCUGUCCCCGGCAACUGACAUAAAUUUAAGGGAAAAAAAGAAUUCAACACCCUUAGUUACUGUUGUACUAGUGUCUGAUAGAGCUGGACAACUGCCAGUGACCACAACUUUUGCAUCAAACAUUGAUGCUGACACUCUGAAAUCAGCUGAAAAUGGUGUCAAGGGUAAGAAAACAAGAGUAGAUAAGCGAGAACUGAAGCAGAUGGCAGCAAAAACGCGUUGCCCUUCUAAAAAGUUAAAUGGUAUGACAUUUCAAUAUUUAGUUUAUAAUUCAUCCGAUGCAUGUAUUCACUGCUCAAUCCCUUUGACCGUCCUUCCUGCUACUUUCUUAUUUGAUGUAUACUGCAUGAGCAAAUGCAGGAAAAGGCCAAAAAUAAUAGAGAAAGAUGGUCAAGGUUGCCCUGAGGCUAAAAUUGGUAAUAACAAAGCUAUAGAAAGCGAGCCUGCUGAUUCAGGAGACGCAUCAUUUCUUGAUGCUGACAACUUCUCAUGUUUGCUGCGAGUGGAUGGUCGAUCUUUUCUGGAAUUACCACAAAGCUGGCCAGAAGUUUUACCAAGCAGCAAAAAGAAGAGAAAGAUUACUAUUUAUCUCAAAGGACCAGAUAAUAGAACCAGGCCUAUCAUCUAUCAUGAAGAUUUCGGUUCUAAGGUUUUGACAGGAAACUGGGCAUCAUUUACUGAAGUGUAUGGCCUAAAACCUGGAGAUGAAUGUCUAUUCCAACUUUCAAAUCUGUCACAGCGCAUGUUUACUGUGAAGGCAACCCACAAGGUAGAUGGCACACAAACGACUUUGAGCUGAUUAUCGUGGGGCAGUUGUGAGAACAAUGUAAUGGAAGCUAUGUCAAGAUUUUACUUGAUUUAAGCAAAUCUGUAGUGGAUAAUGACUUUAUUCAUACUGUGCUUUAUCUGUGAAUGCUAUGCUGAUACUUUCUUUUAGCAUCAUAAUCAUACAUUGAAGCAAAUAAAGGGAUCAAAGUUACA